AUGGUCCUCGGCUUCGAGCGCAUCAACGAGCGCACCCAACGCCCGAACGCGCACAUAAACUUCAUACGCACACUGCCCGGCCCGACAUCGUCCACGGCGGAACACAUCCUGAACCGCGUCGCAGCGAUAUGCUACCCCUUCAUGAAAUCGCACAUGAUCCUCGUUCAGGCGCUCGAAGAAUUCCCCUACAACACCGAGUUUGUCGGUCGCAAUUUCAAUGCUGGCGAGGUCAUACAACUGGUGCUCAGGGACCGAAAUGGAAGAUGGCUGCCCCAGAGGAUGGUGGAGAUGGUCAUGGUACAUGAGCUUGCGCACUGCAAACAGAUGAAUCAUUCAAAGGCUUUCUGGAAGGUUCGAGAUGGAUACUCGGUGGAGUUGAGGGCGCUCUGGGCAAAAGGAUAUACUGGUGAAGGAUUGUGGGGUAGGGGUAGAGAUCUUGAUACAGGAGCCUUACAAGCGAGCGAUGGCGAGGCUGUGGAUGUACCCGAGCAUCUGUGUGGUGGCACAUAUGGACGGAAGGGAAACAAGAGGAAGAGGGGUGGAAAGGAGAAGCCCGUGCUGAGCUAUGCGGAGAGGAAGCAACGAAGGAUAAUGAAGAAGUUCGGAGCUGGAGGCCAGGCAUUGGGCGCCGACGACGACACAAAAGUCAAGCUGGAGAAGGGUGUUCCAAAGAAAGGCAAGCCUAGGGUCGCUGGCAGUGCACGAGGGCGGGAUCUCCGAGCUGCGGCGGCAUUGGCACGUUUCGAGCCAGUCAAGAAGGAGGAAGAGGUCGUGAUAAAGAAAGAGGAACCGUCAUCGGACAGCGAAACAGAAGACGAGUUUGUCGAAGGCGAUCAAGACGGCGCAGCGGUAGACAUAGAUGGCAAAAGUAUGUUCGACGACAAAGGCCGCGCCCUGGUCAAGAUCUGCGAGGACGAAGACGACAAAGAUGGCGAUGCAAGGAGGGAGAUGGACGAGAUACAAGGUUUUGCGCCGCAGCCCAAAGCAAGGAAGAAGACAACCUCGUCUAAAGCCUCGAACAAGCCAACAGCACCGAAGCCAACGAAGACUCAGUCUGCACCAAAGACCGCCUCGCGAUCGUCUGCCAACGCGAAAGCAUCAUCAGGGCCUGGCAACUCCCUCCCCGAGAUCUUCAAACCCCGUCCGAAACCAGACACUUCUGCCCCCCAACCACCGCAUAGCUCUGCCUGCCCCAUUUGCUCUCUUGAGAACGAGGCUGGGGCAUUGACCUGCGUCGCUUGCGCAAACGUAUUAAAGAGGGACUUUGUGCCCGACCAUUGGCGAUGCAAGAGCGCUGCUUGCGAGGGAAGCCAGUACAUCAACGCCGGGGACGCAGGUGCUUGUGGCGUCUGUGGGAUGACUAGGAAGAGAUGA